AAGUCCGCUAACUAAAAAGAACCAUCCACUGCGAACCCUAAACCUCAGUCAUAUCUGCAAAAACCUCUGUUGUCAGACGCCCUUUACACAGCCUCCUAUCUCUCUCGCCGCAAAAUUCAUUUGAGGUUUUCUAAUCCAGGGCGCCGCACUAAACCUUAGACUUAAAGGAUGGUGAAGAGGAGCAAAAAGAGCAAGAGUAAGAGAGUGUCCUUGAAGCAGAAGUACAAGGUUAUACGGAAGGUAAAAGAACACCACAAAAAGAAGGCCAAAGAGGCCAAGAAGCUUGGCUUGAAUCGCAAGUCCAAGGUCGAGAAGGACCCUGGCAUUCCCAAUGACUGGCCCUUCAAGGAACAAGAGCUCAAGGCUCUCGAAGCUCGUCGCGCACGUGUUCUCGAGGAAUUGGAGCAAAAGAAAGCUGCUCGCAAGGAGAGGGCUCAAAAGAGAAAGUUGGGUUUACUAGAGGAUGAUGAUAACUCCAAACUGGAUGGUAUAGAUUUGGCCAAAGAAAAGGCUUUUGAUGAUUCUGUUGGAAUUGGUAAAAGCCGGGAUAAUUAUGACAGGGCUUUCUACAAGGAAUUGGUCAAAGUCAUUGAAGCAUCUGAUGUCAUUUUGGAAGUGCUUGAUGCUCGAGAUCCUCUUGGUACCCGUUGCAUUGAUAUGGAAAAAAUGGUAAUGAGAGCGGGUCCUGACAAGCACCUUGUGUUGCUCCUUAAUAAAAUUGAUCUCGUGCCUCGAGAAGCAGCUGAAAAAUGGCUCAAGUAUCUCAGGGAGGAGCUACCAGCAGUUGCCUUUAAGUGCAGCACACAAGAGCAGAGGUCAAAUUUGGGGUGGAAAUCUUCCUCAAAAGCAGCAAAAUCAAGCAGUAUUCUGCAAACCAGUGACUGUCUUGGAGCUGAAACUCUUAUUAAAUUGCUGAAAAAUUACUCAAGAAGCCAUGAGAUUAAGAAGUCAAUCACGGUUGGUGUUGUUGGCCUGCCUAAUGUCGGCAAAAGCAGCUUGAUUAAUAGCUUGAAGAGAUGUCAUGUUGCAAAUGUUGGCGCUACUCCAGGAUUAACAAGAUCCAUGCAAGAAGUUCAGUUAGACAAGAAUGUCAAGUUAUUGGACUGCCCUGGGGUUGUAAUGCUUAGAUUGAACGAUGCAUCUGUUGCUCUUAGGAAUUGUAAAAGAAUUGAGAAGUUAGCUGAUCCAAUUGGUCCAGUGAAGGAAAUUCUCAACCUUUGCCCAGAAAGAAUGUUGGUUACAUUGUACAAGGUCCCAAGCUUUGAAUCAGUUGAUGAUUUUCUGCAGAAGGUGGCUACUGUGAGGGGUAAACUCAAAAAGGGUGGAAUUGUGGAUGUUGAAGCUGCUGCAAGAAUUGUUUUGCAUGACUGGAAUGAAGGUAAAAUUCCCUACUAUACGAUGCCUCCAUCUAGGAAUGAGGGGGAACCUUCGGAAGCAAAAAUUGUUUCAGAGCUUGGGAGAGAGUUCAAUAUUGAUGAAGUCUACAACAGUGAGUCUUCAUACAUCGGCAGCCUUAAAUCUGUUGAUGAUGUAAAUCAAGUUGAAGUUCCUCCAAAUUGCCCUCUUACUUUUGAUGAGAAGAUGGUCGAGGAUGAUGCACAGCAACAAAUUGCCACACAGGGCGGCGACAAAGUCAAUGACCUAAUCGAUGAUGGUGCUGACGAGCUAAUGGAUUCUGAAGAAGAUGCAGUUGAGACACACGCCAAAACCAUUAGUAGCAAGCAAAAUGAAAAGUUAUAUGCUGCUGAAGGCAUCCUCAACACCAAGUUGAAGAAAGCAGAGAAGAAGAGACGGAAAAAAGCCAAUAAAUUAUCAGCAGGGGGAGAUGCCAUGUUAGACGAAGAUUAUGAUUUCAAGGUGGAUUAUAACAAGAGGGGUUCUGCCAUGGAUAUUGGUGAGGACAGUGAGGUGGCUGAUCUUGGCAAUAAAAACAGAUUUGAGUUGCCCAUUUCUGGAGUCGACCUUGAUAAUGAGUAAUGGGAGAAGUAGCCUUAGAGCAAUAUCAGGGAAUAUUUGUUAUUGCCUCGGCUUCUCAGAGCCAUGGCUUUGUAUUUUGUGGAAUUUUGAUUAGUGAUAAAAACAGAUUGUGCACUGAUCAGCUUUGUUAUUUCAAAGUCAAAAAAUUUUGUCAUUCAUAAUAUAAUACGUUUAAUAUAUAUUUUUAUGUGUCUCUUAAAUUCUGUAAAA